UGACGGAAACGUUAGCCGAGCCGGACAGAGACCAGAAACACAUGAACACCUGAACACCUCCACUCAGUCAGGACAGCAGGUGCCUGUUUCAGUUUUGAAUCUGUUGCUGCAGUGAAAGUGAAGCGCUGACAGUUUUCAAGCUGCACAUCUGACUCCCGUCCUUCUCAAUGAGGUACAGAGGAGCUCAGAUUUGCGUCCGGGCUCAUGGCUCAUGCCGUUUUUCCCGCCUCUCCCUGUUUGGAUCUCAGCCUGGCAAAAUCUCUCUGGUCCGGACCUACAUUGCUCAACAUCCGCCCGAUCCACCCCCACCCCCACCACCUAACCUCACCCCUCCCGAUGGGAAGGGAGGAGCCGGUGAGGUGGUGAAGGAGCGAGUCCUGUCUGCAUUACAGCAUGCAGGUGAGUUGGGGCGGCACUGGGGUCAGAGGUCGGCUCAGGCGGCCACCGCCUCGGCCAACUACUGGUGGGGGAGGUACGAGGAGUUUGUCGGGCUCAACGAGGUCCGCUCGGCCCAAACAAAGGUCACUGAGGCCGAGGCGUCGUUCAUGGUGGCCAGAGGGAUGGUGCGUGAGGCUCAUGGCAGCCUGGAGGCCCUGCAGGUCAGACUGAAGGAGGUCAGAGACCGGCUGGACCGAGUCUCCAGGGAGGAGGCUCACUACCUGGAGCUGGCCACGAUGGAGCACAAACUGCUGCAGGAGGAGCGUCGUCUCCGGACAGCGUACGAGAACGCGGAGGGUUCGGAGAGGGAGAAGUUCGCCCUGUUUUCAGCGGGCGUCAGGGAGAGCCACGAGAAGGAGAGGACGAGGGCCGAGCGAACCAAGAACUGGUCCGUCAUCGGCUCGGUGCUCGGGGCCCUGAUCGGGGUCAUGGGGUCAACGUACAUCAACCGCGUCCGCCUGCAGGAUCUGAAGAGUCUCCUGCUGGAGGCCCAGAAAGGUCCAGAGAGCCUGCAGGAGGCCCUGAGAGUCCAGGCCGGAAACCAUCACUCCCAGCAGGGCGAGCUCCGGACGCUCAUCGACAGCCUCAGGGGCGCUCUGAGCGACGCCUUCACGCAGAGGGACAUCGUCAGUCCGGACAAGAGGCCUCCGGUGUUGGACCCGCCCACGCUGCCUCUCUCAGCCUUAAAAGAGCUCCAGAUCGGCAGCCGGAAGACGGAGUCCAUUCUGGAGUCCCUCCGGCCGCAACUGGGACAACUGGAGCAGGGACUGGGUAGAGUGGAGGGAGAGCUGUCGGUGGUGAGGAGGCUGAUGGAGACCAGACAGCAGGCGGAAACGCAGGCGGCUCAGCUGAAGUUAGCGGCACCAGUGAUUCCAGAGAAACCAGUGAUUCCAGAGAAACCAGUGAUUCCAGUGAGUCCAGAGAGACCAGAGAGAGAGGACCAGUGGGAGUCUGAGGCGGCGGUGAGGCGUCUGGAGGAGACCCAGAGGACGCUGGGAGAACGAAUCAGGACAAACACUGUUUAUAACGCCGUGUUCACCUACACCGCCACCGCCAUCACCAUCUCUGCCGUCUACCUGCUGACCAGAGGAACCGGUUAGACUUGAUGCCUGAAUACCUUCAUAUGAACUGGGAGAGAUAAUCUGAAUUAAUUACGUCAGAAAACAACAUUUACUUGGUAGGAAGUAGCUCAGUUUCUUUAAUAAACUGGUUGCUGCUGCUGCUGCUCACUGCACUACUGAUGGCCUCUGAAUAUGUUUAACUCUGUGAUCUCAAGAUAAACAUGAACUAAAGUGCAUCUUAUUGCUAUCACAUAGCAAGUAUCAGUAGCAUUGUGUUGUGCAUCACUGUAACUUGAGAUUCUGAAACAUGAUUUAUCAGGAGUCCAGCACUGAAACACUGUGUUGUUAUGUAACUGUAGGCUGCACUUAUUAAAUACUUUAUGAAACGACAGAGCCCAAGAUCACCUGCUUUAAUCUGAUUAAUUUAACCCUAAAACAUUGUUGGAUCAAACACUAAAAACGACCACCAUGUUUGUGGUAAUUUAGUAAGAAACUCUCUAUUUAGGAAUCAACAGCCUGUAAAUUAUGACACAGGACCCAUCUUAAGACCAAUAUCAUUGUGACUCAGUGGUUCAUAAUCCUCCAAAGAGAUCAAAAUGUCAAAAAUAAUCCAAUUUGUGACAUAUAUCAAGAGAAAAAACAGCAAAUCAUCACAGUUAACAAGCUGGAACCAGAUGUGUUUUAGCCUUUUUUUCUUGAUAAAUGAUGUAAAUAAAUAUUUUAUUGUAUUUUGGAUUAUUCUCUUUCAUCAUCUAAUCGACCAAUUAUUUCAUCUGCAUCUCAGAAACCUCCCCAUUGAGUGUUUUCUGAGCUACUUAUCUGCAGAACAAAUGCUUUUUUUUCGUGAACAUAAUUUGAGUUUCUGACACAGAUGAAUCUGGAGAGCAGCAGAGGAUGAAAAUCUGAGAUCAAUACCUAAAGAGCCGAGCGUUCAUUUGAAGAAAAACAAAAAUAAAUCUCACAAUUAUUCGCCUAACAACUGCUUCCAAAUCACCAGCUGUGACAUGAUGACAUAACUUGAUGCAUUCUCGUCAUCAUCAUCCACUUUGUCAGUAGUUGACCAGCUGAACCUCAGACGGUCAACAUCUGUUCACGAUCUCACAUCUGGGAUUCAUCUCCAGUCUGACCCCGAAUUUAAACGGAUGUUUAAACCGAAAGAUCAGUUUAAAGGAGCCAUAAUGAGAGUAAAUAUAAUGUGACUUAGCAUUAAAGUAAGAAAACAUUGUUAUGUUACUUGACGUAAUAAAGAAGACCAAUUUAAAAAGUCCAUUCACAAUCAAUAAAUAAUUAAAAUCCCCUAAUUACAUGUGAAAACGUGAAUAACAGUUUCUAUCCUCCUCCAGUACUUGAAUGUGUUGUUGUGUGUUCGUCAUGUUUAAACCGUUUGUUCUGCUCAGAUUUAUUGUUUACUGAAGGACCGAUUUUAAAGGAGCAAUAAACGAAAUUAAGAUCAUUAUUAAAGCUGCAAACGAGUAUUGUUUAUGUAAAGAUAUAGUGGAGAAACGUCGAUUGCACCUUUUAAAUAACUGAACAAACCAAAUCACUGUCUGCCUACCUGAGAGACAGAUGAAGACAGGUUCAGUUAUUGUUUUACACUCAACAUAUUCCUGUUUAUUAUUGUACAAGAGGAAAAAAUUGGGCUGCAAGUAACGAUACUUUUCAUUAUUGAUGCAUCUGCUGGGUUUUUUUUGCCUUUUAAGUGUUUGUUUUG